UAUACUUAGUUCAACGGAUCAUCUGGGCUUCUUUGGGGUCCUCUGUUUUCGGUGUAUUGUCUUCGCCUUCGUGGAAAAAUCUCUGCUUUUUAGCUGUGGAUGCGCGUUUCGGCAUCGUUUGAAGGUCCUUUGAUUGAUCAUUCGCGUUUUGUACGUGCAGACUUUUGCUGGCUUGGGGCAAAUGCUGGGAGGUAGGAUUGCCGAGGCUCUAUGUGAUUAUAAUAAGGUUUCGAACCUUUGUGUGAGAGCUGGCAGAGUCAUUUUCGCGAGGUCUGUUCGUAUAAAUGCCCGCAUAUCGGUCCCCGGGAUUUCUUCCAGGAAUCCGGAGAAAGAACCUCCCAAAUUCUUGAGGGGCAAGAAGAUGGUGCCUGAUUCAGAUCCUCCAAGCCUUAAGGAUACUGAUCGUUUGCAUCAGUUCUUUGAAUCAAGUUCGAAGCUUGUGGUUUUGACUGGAGCUGGAAUGAGCACGGAGUGUGGUAUUCCCGAUUAUAGAAGUCCAAAUGGGGCUUAUAGCACAGGUUUCAGACCAAUUACCCAUCAGGAGUUUGUUCGUUCUAAACGGGCCCGUAGGCGAUAUUGGGCAAGGAGCUAUGCUGGAUGGAGAAGGUUUACCGCAGCACAGCCUAGUGCAGCUCAUUAUGCCCUUGCAUCGCUAGAAAAGGCUGGUCGAAUAAAUUUUAUGAUUACCCAAAAUGUUGACAGAUUGCACCAUCGUGCUGGUAGCAAUCCAGUGGAAAUACAUGGGACUGUGUAUACUGUAAUAUGUAUAGAUUGUGGAUAUUCUUUUUGCCGGAAUUUGUUCCAAGAAGAGGUCAAGGCUCUCAACCCAAAGUGGGCAGCUGCAAUAGAAAGUUUGGAUUAUGGAAACCCUGGUUCAGACAAGAGCUUUGGUAUGAAACAGAGGCCUGAUGGUGACAUUGAGAUAGAUGAGAAAUUCUGGGAGGAGGAUUUCAGCAUCCCUACUUGCCAAAAAUGUGGUGGGGUGCUUAAACCAGAUGUUGUAUUUUUUGGUGAUAACGUGCCAAAAGAUAGGGCUGACAGAGCCAUGGAAGCUGCUAGAGACUGUGAUGCUUUUCUGGUCUUAGGAUCAUCUUUGAUGACAAUGUCUGCUUACCGCCUCAUUAAAGCUGCUCAUGAGGCAGGAGCUGCCACUGCAAUUGUUAAUAUAGGCAUGUCACGGGCAGAUGAUAUGGUUCCUUUGAAAAUUAAUGCUCGAUUGGGAGAGAUACUCCCCAGAGUGCUUCAUACAGGAUCUCUCAGCAUCCCUGCUGUUCAGUGACAAGAAGAAGGAGGCCAACAAGGGAAGUGCAAAGCCGCAAGGCAGCGUCUUCGUAUGUUUUGUUAUGAGUGCCCAGUAUGAUGAUUCUUUGAAGUCAAGUCGCUCCUAUGUAAGGACACAUAAAGCUCAGAUGCCAUUCAUCUGUCUCAUCGAAUGGUGAAAUUCAAUACCGUUGUGUAGAUGUUAAUGUAAAUCGUAGCGAUACACUGAAUUGUGUUUCUUGCUAACAAAUAGUUUGAAGCUCAUGGAGAUGGUGAAACUCAAUGGGGUCUCAACAGGGUGAAAUAUCUCUUUAACAUGUAUUUCUAAUUACAUAUCUUAGCAAUGGUUCU